UCUUUGGGGCAAAAAUAAGAGCUUUCAGUUGUAACUUAGAUAUAGUUAACAAAACAGAAUUCUUAUGCAGUAACUUUCAGAUAUAUGUAACAAAACAGAAUAUGUAUUCUGUAACUUUUAACAAUGCAAACGGGAGCGAGAUCUCUUAUUAAAAUACAAUAAAUUACACUUGUGAAACAGAUGUAAUUAGAGAAAAAAGUCCUGUUACCCUUUAUAGUUUAGGCAGAUAAAGGUCUCAGUCACAUUUGAGUAAAACAAUCCUAUUUCUAUAAAUGUCACAGGAUCUUUUUUUUUUAAAGAUAUUUCAUUUUCACGGACCCCUUGCAAUUACACCACCGACCGCUAGGGGUCCGCGGACCCCACCGGGUUGAGAAACACUGGCGUAGACGGCGUCGCCUUUGUACGCAUGCGCUGCGCCGAGGGUCGGUUAUUUUGAUCCGGCACAUUUUGUUUUCCAGACUUCCAACGGUCAGACACAAACGUCAGACGUCUCACAAUGUUUACUCCAAACGGUGCGGCGUAGCGUUAUGGUUUUCCUCGUUUCCUCACGUUCAAUAACAUCCCCGUUUUCCUUCCCGUCAGGGAAUAUUCCCGCUGUGGGGACGGGCUUCAGCCAGCCCCAGGUGGAAACAUGCCGUGGAUGCGACGUAUUGUUCACUGGACCAAAACAGAAGUGAUCAGAUCCGCCAGCACAGUUUGUCGGAGCGCCAGACUUAAUCCAUGCAACCAGCAGAGACGUGCUUUCCGUCGUGAAACCAAAAGGCCAGAGGCAAAGAGAGACAAUUUCACACGAGACACUGACCCUCCGUCCAGUGACGUCAAUAAUGGUGUGCCACACAAGGUCACUAAUCCCUCAACGGGGCCUUCCCAGCCUCCCAAAGUCCCCAGACCCAAGCUUUUCAAACCACUGAUGUUUACUAUAGGGUUUACAGGCUGCUCCUUUGGUGCGGCGGCCAUCUUGCAGUAUGAGUCGCUGAAGUCAAGAGUUCAGAUGGCAAAGGAGGCUGAAUCAGAAGACCCAUUACAGGGGUCCCAGAAUAUGGCUUACUGGCACAACUGGUGGAACCAACUGACAGACUUCCAGAAACAGCUUAUCCUCCUGAUGUCCACGGUGGAUGACUUCUGGGGCAAUCUCACUGAGGGACAAAAGACUGUGACUGGUAUUAUUGCAAUAAAUGCCAUAGUGCUGUGCUGUUGGCGGAUCCCCUCUAUGCAAAGAUCCAUGAUCAAAUACUUCACCUCCAACCCUGCCUCCAAAAUACAGUGCCUUCCCAUGGUCUUGUCCUCCUUUAGCCACUACUCCAUAAUCCACAUGGUGGCCAACAUGUAUGUCCUGUGGACGUUCUCCUCCAGCAUCGUAUCUCUCCUGGGCAGGGAGCAGUUUCUCGCCGUCUACCUUUCUGCAGGUGUGAUCUCCACCAUGGUUAGCUACAUGUGUAAAACUGCCACUGGACGUAUUUAUCCAUCAUUAGGGGCGUCAGGUGCCGUCAUGACAGUCCUCGCAGCGGUUUGUACGAAGGUGCCGGAGGCAAAACUGGGCAUUAUCCUCCUCCCGAUGGUCACUUUCACUGCAGGAAAUGCUUUGAAAGCUCUUAUUGCCGUAGAUACAAUGGGACUCGUAUUAGGAUGGCGGCUGUUGGAUCAUGCAGCCCACCUUGGCGGAGCACUCUUUGGAAUAUGGUAUGUAGCAUACGGUCACAAACUGAUUUGGAGAAAGAGGGAGCCUCUGGUGAAGCUGUGGCAUAACAUACGCUCCGGAGGUGCUGGUGGGGGCAGGCCUGGAGGAGGACCAGGGAUUGGUGGCGCUGGAGGGGCUGGACCACUGUAAGGCUUAGCUGGCCCUCCCUCCAACCACAGGAAUAGAAAAUAAGACAUCGCGGUACAAACAGACCCGCUAAUUCGCCAGAUGGUUCGGCCUUCAUACACGGUGGUAUAAUCCAGACGGUGAUUUGAUGCCAUACCCCAGUUAAUAUCCUACGAGCUGCAUUCUCAGCAAUUUUCCGCAUUGUCACCUGCCGAAAGGUGGUGCAUCGGUGUCUGAUAAGGCAUUCAUAUUGAAUUGUUGAUUAAACGCGGUGGUCUUUAACUGCAGAAUUCUACUAUUGAAAUGUAUUAAUAGUUAUGCAAGAUACUUUUACUUUAUAUCUAAAAUAGGAUUUAAUAAUUGGGAUUUUUUUGUAUAUUUCUCCACUAUGGAAAGGAAAAAUGAGUGUUAAAUAAACAAUAAAUUAAACAGGCCUUAUCAUAUGUUGAAACUGAUAGUAGCCUUUAUGCCAUGAUGUAACAAAUUCAGAUCUUGCAUAAAGGUGAGGUUGUUGUCAUGUUGUAGUUUGUGCGAGCGAAGAUGUGUAGCGAAGAAUGACAAAUACCUCCUACGUGUUUUCUGACCUGGAAAACUAAACUUCCCUCUUUUGUGGGAAAUGUCCUGGGAACACUUAAAAUAAACUCAUUACGCACUUCUCAUUUUUUUAUGCUCCCCCCCCCCCCACAUACCUCACUGCAACAAAGUGCAGCAUCACCAUGAAGCCCAUUCUAAUCAAACAAAAACAAAAUACCCAGAACCUUUAUGUAUCAGCCUACUAAUAGUGCAGUAAAAUAACAUCUUAUUCUUUUUGACUUACUUUUAGGCCUUAAACUGAAGGUAAUGAUUUUAAGACAGGUAUUCCUUUGAAAUCUCAAACCGUCCGCUUUGUAUGCAACUCCUCCACUUAUCUGCAAAGUUCUUGCAAUGUUCAUGCUCUUCCUCGCAACUGUCCUGCAACAUGGAAAGGGAAAUGAUGGGUGAAAUUCA